AUGCAUUUCUCUACCAUCCUUUCUGGGUGCCUCGUGCCAGCGCUUGCCUUGGGGGCCGCCCUCCCCCAGAGCACCGCCUCGGAGAACUGUACCGCCGAUUCUCUGACGACCGAGACGUGGGUUAAUCUCAAUCUGGACAACGUGACCACUGAAGCCGCAGCCAAGGUGACGGCCAAGGAGAACACGGUGCAGGGCCUGGCCGCAAGCCUCGGCGCGCCCAACUUCUUCUGCGGCUUGGAUAACUUUUGCAAUGCCGGGCAGCCCUGCUCACCGGUCCAGCUUCCCGAGUGGUACAUCUUGGUUGCCAUUCAGAACUGGAACAGCUACAUGAACUCGCUCAACACGGCCAUAACGUUCGCAUCCAGCAUCCUGUCUCUGACCCUUCCGGGCAUCUCAAACGACUUUAUACUCGAGGCGAAAGACAACAUCACCCCUUUCAAGUCUAUAGUUUCCAUGAUCGGCUCUGUCAUCAGCGCCGUGCCGAUCGCCGGUACUGUAAAGGAUGGACUUAGCAAGGCUUCCCAGGCUGCCAACAUUUUGCUCGGGCUCGCCAAGCCCCCGGUCCAGACAGACAAAUUCAUCGCCUGGAGCAACGUCGCCAACAGCCUCGGCGACGCCAUCAAGGAUUACCAGUCUUCGCUCAGCAGCGCCUUCAGGACCGUGCUCAACGCGCCGGUCAACGACACCGACGGCAUUGCUCAGCUGCUCCUCGGCGGAGACUUCCUCGGCGUGUCGCAAAACUUCACCCAGCAAGAUAUCCAGGGCCCCGUCAUCGACGCGCUCACCCGCUUCUCGGUCAGCCUGGCCCUGCAGUCGCAAAACGUCUUUGUGACCCGCAUCACGGGCCUGUUUCAGUGCCCUAAAAACUACGACACGCAGACUCGGGCGUGCCAGCAGGAUGGCGACACUUUUACCACCUUUGAUCUGUCGAUAGCUAGCGGCGAGACCACCAACCCGGCCACCGACUUUGCGCAAAAGAUGAACGACAAGUACAGCAUCACCAAGGAUGUGUACCUGCAGGGUGUGGCAAAGUGCUUUGACGACAACGGCCAGAAGCAGCUCGCCUUGCCCUUUGACGACAACAAUCCGGUGCCGCUCGACGUAAACACCCCGUGUCUGUUCAACUUGUUGUUCUGCCCCAUGACCGUCGCCGAUACGUUUAGUAGUGGUGGCAUCGUCGACAUAUGCCGCAACAAAUAUAACGUAAAUUUAUGA